GCAGGUUCUUUACGGAACUCGCUCGCGAUACAAAAAAAAAAGCGACACAGAACUACUUGGAUUGACGCAAGAUUUUACUUCGUUGACCCUUCGUUAUCGUUGUUGCUCACUGAAAGAUUAAGAUAUUUAUUUCUUCCAUUCUUCUAGCCUUUCAUCAGCGACAAAAUGGAUUCUUUUCCAGCAGCAGACAUCGACAAGACAAAAGCUACCUCCACCAGCACUAGCUGCUCCCCGCCAACAUCUCUGGAUCUCGCAGACUGUCCGCAAUCGUUUCGGACGUUUCUGAAUCGAAGUGGGAUCAGCGAAAACGAAUACGCUUCAGUCCUGAAACGGAGUGAGGAGUUGCCACGAUAUAUCAGGGUAAAAGAUUGGUGGAGGAGAAGAAGGGCAGAGGAGGUACAUCCGGGAAGUGAGAGCAGCGACACGACUCGUAGCAGUGAUAGCAUUACCUUGGAAAAUCUGCGUCGAAACUUCGAGGAUGCCAUUGCGAUCAGGAAUAGACAACAGGUUGGCGGAUCGUCUUCCUCCAGCACUACCAGUUCACCGAUCAGUACAACUGCUAGCAGUGGCGAUCGUGUGUCACCUAAUAUAGUUACUGGUUCGUCGUCUCCGGAAGACAGAAGUCGUGCGGGUGCAACUGUUCAAAAACGAAGGCGUUCUUGCUCUGGCAAUGCAGAUGAGGCAGAGAUACAACAAGAAGACGGCAAGAACAAGAGAAAAGCCUUGGAAGAUGUUGAUCUCAAAAUCGAAAGUGUUCCUUGGUUACCCGGUUUCUACGCCGUUUGGCCCUCGACAGUUCCGCUUGCUAGUAGCGACAUGUAUAAGCGUGGAGAGAUCUAUGGAUGCGACGCCGCAAGUGGUGCGGCUGUUUUCGCGCUUCUUAGUGGAAUUGAUACUAAGCCUAAAGACGAACAAGGCUCAUCAAACUCUUCAAGAGAAGUUCUUUCAUCUAGACAAAAAUUUUCUUGUGAUGUAGAAACAGAAACACCUUUACGUGUCCUAGAUCUCUGUUGUGCACCUGGCAUGAAGUUCUGCACGAUUGCGGAUGCUUUAGUGGACCACUCGAACACAUCGCUUGUAGGGGUCGAUGUGGAUCGACAACGGUUAAAUGCCUGUGACACUGUUGUGGCGAAGUACUUUCGUCGACCGCAGGUCUUGGGAGAUGCGUCUAAUUGUGGUAAUGGAGAUGGUGAUGCUAGUCGUGCCAGCUCAACUCUUCGACUCGAGUGUGCUGACGGUCGGGAUUUCUUCAUCGCCAAAGAGGACGAUCCGCGUCUUUCUGUGUCGAAUAUUGCGGGUACCAAAGGACAGCGCAAGAAACAGAGACGACUUGAUGCUAAUUAUCAGGGUGCUUCAUCAAAUAAGGAUGAUUCCUCUCUGCCGUCAUCCGAUGGCGCGCCAGUCAAAGACGGUGUCUUCGAUCUGGUCCUGGUGGAUGCCGAAUGUUCCCAUGAUGGAUCUCUGCGUCACGUGGAGAAAUACCGGAGCCAAUGGGGACUGGAGAGUAUGGGAACGAGAAUACCGUGGUUGAAGGAGGGUGGAGAGGAUGGCACCAGGAAAGAGGGAGCACUUCCAUCCGGCGUAGACGAUACAAACAGCCAGUCACAACCAGUAUCAGAGAGGGGAAUUAUAUUAACGACCAGUAGAAGCGACAAGAGAUCAAGAUCAACAGAGGACGAUGGGCUCCAACAGCUCUUAGACCUGCAAAGAGCUCUUUUACGUAACGGUUUCCGAAAUCUAAAGCCUGGGGGAACCCUUGUCUAUUCCACUUGCUCACUAUCCCGGUUACAGAACGAAGACAUGGUGGAAGGGUUUCUGCACGAGGAAACUGUGCGAGAUCAGGCGGAACGAGUCCGUUUGUUUGAUGAAGGUGGUUCUUCCACCACAAAAAUUCCUUGUGUCUCUUCCGAUGAAGCUCGUUCGAUGGCCAGGUUUGACCCAUUGAAAAGUGGAACUAGUGGACUCUUUCUUGCUAAAAUUAGCAAACAUAAAAUGGAUUCCUAACUACAUCCGAUACACUCACACUUUGCAUGGCCAUGGGCCGCAACGCUUUUGUUU